CACCAUCCAUGAAGCUUUGGCGCGAGCGACCGAACAAGUGAAGCCUACGAGGGAGUGGGAUCACGUCAGGUGACCGGCACGGUAGGAGCUCGUGGCGGUGCCACGGCGGCCCGGUUAGGUGCGCGACCGGAGUUGGUGGCCGGUCCUGUACCCUCUAGCAGAGCAGGAGAGAGGAAACGCGGCACGGUAGAAGAAGAGACAACCGGUCCACGGUGACACACGAUCCGAGGCCCCCUGCGACGUGCCGAUCCCGAUCCCCGCCUCACCUACCUUGCCAAGCCAGUCGCCCCCACCCCGGCAUGGGCAUGUGACCGUGAUCUUGAUCGGAGAUCACCCCGUCUCCUCCUCCGUCGCUCUUUCCCGUCUGUUUACUCUGCUCGCCUCGAGCCAGAGGCAGCAGAAGCCGGAAGCGGCGGAAGCCCAGCAACCCGGCCGGCGGUGAUGCCUUGCAGGCCGUGACAGCGACAUUCUUUUCUUUCACCGUGCCGUCUCCCCAAAUUGCACCCCACCUCGUUCCACUCCACCGCGGUGCGGUCUCAUCCGGUCCUUAUAUAGAGCCCGCUCGGCCACUCUCCAUCGACCCCCACCCGCUCCCGCUCGCUCUCCCCAUGGACGGGUAGGACUGUGGUGGCGGCGCGGAGGCCCGAGUGCGCACCGACGCGUUGGGGAGGCUGCGGCUGCGGCAGCGGGGAUGGGGCUGCUGUCGAACCGUGUGGAGCGGUCGGAGAUCAGGCCCGGCGACCACAUCUACACAUGGAGGGCCGUCUACGCCUACUCCCACCACGGUAUUUAUGUUGGAGGAAGCAAGGUGGUCCAUUUUACACGAAAGAAAGAAGCUGAAUCUAGUUCAGAUUCAUCUGACUCCACCUCCAUCCUGAUCUCAGAGGCUCCAUCAGAGUGUCCAACAUUCCCUGAUUGUGGAUUUCAGCUGCCCAAUAGUGGCGUUGUGCUCACUUGCUUGGACUGUUUUCUCCGCAACGGCUCCCUCUACUGCUUCGAGUAUGGAGUUCCAUCCGCGGUUUUCCUUGCAAAGCUUCGUGGGGGAACCUGCACCAUUGCCCAAUCAGACCCGCCGGAGGUUGUCGUUCGCCGAGCCAUGUACCUACUUCAAAAUGGUUUUGGAAACUAUGACAUAUUUGAGAAGAAUUGUGAGGACUUUGCACUCUACUGCAAGACCGGGCUUCUACCCGUGGAGGAACCUGGCAUUGGGACUAGUGGGCAAGCAUCUUCUGCCAUCGGCGUGCCAUUGGCAGCUCUUCUCUCCACUCCGUUUAAGCUUUUCGCUGCCGGACCGCUUGGAAUGGCCACCGUCACAGCUGGGAUGUACUGUGCUGGUAGAUACAUAACUGACAUAGGAGUAAGGAAGGAUGUAGCGAAAGUUGAAGUGGAGAAUUUAUCAUCGCACCUUGGUUUCCGCCUUGUCGAGGAUGAAGAAUCGGUGAACAAGCGAACAGAAAAGGUGAAGAACUUGCUCCCAAUGAAGAGGAAACGUGAAAGGUGACACUGAUAAUGCAGCUUGGGAGUAUGAACAUCUCUGCCCUUCAGCGAUAAUUGGUGCAGAAUUGUAUGAUAGUUCGGAAUACAGUAUAUCUUUCAUUGUAAUAAGAUUGGUAUAGAUAUGUACCUGCAGAAUGUGCUGUGAUUUGAUUAGGUGCACACCUCACAUGAUCAAUUGAACUACUCCUACCUUAUAAAUGGAUAUGAGAUGGAAAUUGGAUAACUGGAUCACUAAAUUAUCUAGAUUUUGUUC